AUGCGUCACGUUCAUUGAAGUUAUACAUUUAAUUUUACAUUCGCAAACUGUUAUACUGUCGGUCUUUGAAUAUGUUUUCUUCUUUGUUGGCAUAUGUUCCGAUUGCAACAUAUAUAAUCACAAUUGCUUUAGAAGUAUACUGUGGUAUUACCGAAAAAACCAUGCUGCGUUUGCUGAAAAACGAGACAUGUCCAUUAAAAGAAAAUGUUUUGUUUGAAGCAUUUUACUCAUCGGCAGAUUCAUGUGUAUUCAAAUAUUUACAAGAAUUAUUCUGUGUUGGUUUAACUUUCGAAAUGACAUAAUGAAGGAAGAUGUAAAUUGUCAAUUAACUCACAAACGUCCACAGAAUUAUGAAACAUGUACUGAUAACAAGUGGAGUUUCUAUGAAUUGCUGAAUCCACAAAGAAAGAUACCAUAUAACAAAGAAAAGUUGUGUGAAAAUGGUGGAAUGACGAUUGUUGACUUAAGAGACGGACCUGGUUCUGAUCCUUACAGAUGUCAAUGUCCUUUUGGCUUUACGGGAAGACAUUGUUCGGUAAAGCUAAUUUUUUCGUCAUGCGAAGAGGCGAUGAGAAAUGGCAGUUUAAAGGACGGGAUGUACUUGAUCAGCACCAACACUUUAAUGGGAUACAGCAAAGUUUUUUGUAUGCGUAAAACAACGGGUUGCUUGAGAGAAGGCUGGACUCUAGUCUUGAAAAUUGAUGGAACAAAGAAAACCUUCCGAUAUAAUUCACCGCUUUGGAGCAACAAGAAGAGUUAUAUGACGGAAAAUGGUGAAACUGGAUUAAAUGAUCUUGAAACAAAACUUCCUACUUACUGGAGCACUAAAAUAAAGAAGAUGUGUGUUGGAAUGAAAGUAAACAGUACAAUAAAAUUCAUAAGUUUUGAAAUGCAAGCUGAGUCCUUAUACGACCUCAUUGCUGACGGAAAAUAUAGGAAAACCACUUUGAGUCGUAGCCAAUGGUUGACAUUAGUUGAAAACAGCUUCCUUCAACAAUACUGUGAUAGAGAAGGCUUUAACGUCGUUGGACAAAAUAAUGUAAACGCUCAAGUAAUGCUUGGCAUUUUGGGAAAUGAACAAAACGACUGUACUACACCGGACUCUUUCCUUGGCUUUGGUGGAUCACAUGAAUGUAAUUUUUGCGGCGUGAACAGCUGUGGUAAUUUUGUUUCUCACAGUAGCAAUGACAAAAAUGUUCGAGCUAUGGGAUAUAUUUUUGUUAUUUAGUAACUGUUAUACAGGCAAUGCUUGACGUUUUAAUUGUCUCAUUUUCCUCAUGGAAAUGCAAAACCAAACCAAAUUGUAAAAGAUAUACUUUAUAAAAUAAGAUUAUGAUAUACUUCAUUGCAAACUAAAUGAAUGUUUAUAGUUUUAAUAGAAGUGUAACAAUUUCUUUGUAUUUCGGAAAUAUGCAAUAAAUAUUUAAUAUUUAUGUCGAACAAUUCUUUUAAAUGCAGGAGAACAGUCAAGAAUUGCUGCUAAUUGUAAGAGUUAAAGGAAAAUGUUUAAGCCGCUAUAAUUUGUUCUUGACUGUACCGUUUCGUUUAUCCGUAAUGUUUUACGUGCGUGUUUGCGUGCACAAUGUACAAGUACACUUUUCAAUUAACUAUCAAGUCGCCAUGCAACUUGAAAAUAAAUAAUUCAUUUAAUCAAA